ACAAGAAAUACCUCACCAGCAAAGCAGCAAAGAGUGUACAACAGGCAGCAAUUGUGGGAUACAUUCCUCACUCAAAACGUAUCUCUGUAUGCGUAAAACGCCGCUGGAAUAGUUUUCGGUAUCAUAUUCUGGAUGCAUGCGACGUUGACCUUCAUAUGUAGAUUUUCGGUCAUGUAUUUGUAGUGUACAUUAUGUGCAUAUGGAGAAUAUUUUUUAUCUCUUCCGUAUUUCUGGCUGUCUAGAUUUUGGAGUCUACAGAGAAGGGAACUGUCGCCACUUUUUGACCAACGCUUCGAAUAUUUUAUUUUGAGAGCACAAUUGGGAACAUUUGGAAAUUCUGCCGUGGUUUAUAUUUGGACUUUUCACGGUUUCAGCCUAGUUGGGUGAAGGGGCCGUUUUUCAAUCCACACAUAUCGCUCCCUUUCCAGUGUUUCGUUUUGCACCGUUCAAUUGUAGGCGGCUAUCCUAAAAACUUGAACAGAACAUUUUCUCAGAAAUACACUUUUCGUUUGAUCUGAUGUAUUGUGCGAAGCAGUGCAUAUAUACAAUUAUGAUGUAUUAUUCUUAAAAACGAGGAUUUUGGAGGUCAUCAGUGGCAAUCAUAAUGGCAAACGACGACAACCGCUUUAUAGUGGAAAAGUACAUUUGUCACAAACUCUUGAAACGAGGAUAUGCGUGGGAUUUCGAGGAUGCCGAGGAGGAGGAAGGUGCUGCUAAUAAUGGGUCGAUGAUUUCUCCUCGGCCGGGUUUGGCACGGCGGUGCCACGGGGCCAAUAACGCCGGACCGGGCAGCGUCCCUCGUCUUUCCAAAUGGCUCUCCCAACCGGACCCGCAUGCAGCUAUUCACAGAGUUUUGCGUGAGGCCGGGGACGAACUCGAAAGACUGUACCAGCCCGACUUCGCAGAGAUGUCACACCAGCUGUAUCUCACAUCCUCCACGGCUGAGAGGAGAUUUAGAGAGGUGAUAGACGAGCUGUUCAGGGAUGGGGUUAACUGGGGACGGAUUAUCGCCUUCUUCGAGUUCGGGGGCACAAUAUGCGUGGAAUGCGUGAACAAGGAGAUGACGUCGCAGGUGGAUCACAUCGCGGUGUGGAUGACAGAGUAUCUAAAUGGACCACUGCUCAACUGGAUUCAGGAGAACGGGGGAUGGGAGGCUUUUGUUGAGCUCUAUGACAGACAGAGGGACUCGGUGUUCUGUUCGUGGCCGUCCAUCAAGACCGUCUUCGGCCUGGCUGCACUGGGGGCCGCAAGCCUUACCAUCGGAGCUUACCUUACACAGAAGUGAAGGAGUUCUCCUUUUCUCUCCCUCUCUUUUUGUCCUCCCUCCCUCUUGCUACUUUCUCUUUUCAAAGGCAGCCCUGCCCCCUCCGAGACGAUCCCGAAUCCCCAACCUGCAUGUCUUCAAAGCCUCUCUCUCUCUCUCUCUCUCUCUCUCUCCCUUUCUCUCCCUGUUCUCGAAAAAACUCCCUCUUUCUUAACCCUCACUUCAUAAAACAAAGGCCCAAAUCAAACAACAGCAGGAAACAGAGUCACUGCCCACAGAGAAGAAAACAUGUAAUGAAACAGUCACUGCCCACAGAGAAGAAAACAUGUCAUGAAACAGUCACUGCCCACAGAGAAGAAAACAUGUCAUGAAACAGUCACUGCCCACAGAGAAGAAAACAUGUCAUGAAACAGUCACUGCCCACAGAGAAGAAAACAUGUCAUGAAACAGUCACUGCCCACAGAGAAGAAAACAUGUCAUGAAACAGUCACUGCCCACAGAGAAGAAAACAUGUAAUGAAACAGUCACUGCCCACAGAGAAGAAAACAUGUCAUGAAACAGUCACUGCCCACAGAGAAGAAAACAUGUCAUGAAACAGUCACUGCCCACAGAGAAGAAAACAUGUCAUGAAACAGUCACUGCCCACAGAGAAGAAAACAUGUCAUGAAA